AUGGCCAAGUCACAUCUGCUGCAGUGGCUGCUGCUGCUGCCCACACUUUGGGGCCCAGGUGCGGCUGUCGGAACAGCCUCACCUCUGGACUGCACACAGGGCCCAAAAUUCUGGUGCCAAAACUUGGAGCAAGCGAUGCAAUGCAGAGCUCUAGGGCACUGCCUACAGGAAGUCUGGGGACAUGUGGGAGUUGAUGACCUGUGUCAAGAGUGUGAAGACAUUGUCGGCCUCCUCACAAAGAUGACCAAGGAGGUGAUUUUCCAGGACACAGUCCGGAAGUUCUUGGAGCAAGAAUGUGAUAUCCUCCCCUUGAAGCUGCUUGUACCCCGGUGUCGCCAAGUGCUUGAUGACUACUUGCCUCUGGUUAUCGACUACUUCCAGAGCCAGAUUAGUCCAAAAGUCAUCUGUAAGUAUGUGGGCCUAUGCCCACUUGGACAGGCCAAGCCAGAGAAGGAGCCAGGGAUGAAGGGUGUUCUGCUGGACCCUGUACUGAACAAGCUGGUUCUUCCUUCUCUACCCGGAGACCUCUUGGCAAGGCCUGGCCCUCAUACACAGGAUCUCUUGGAGCAGCAGUUUCCUAUCCCCCUGCCCUUCUGCUGGCUCUGCAGGACUCUGAUCAAGCGGGUCCAAGCUGUGAUCCCCAAGGGUGUGCUGGCUGUGGCUGUGGCCCAGGUGUGCCACGUGGUACCCCUGGUGGUGGGUGGCAUCUGCCAGUGCCUGGCUGAGCGCUACACAGUCCUCCUGCUGGAUGCGCUGCUGGGCCGUGUGCUACCUCAGCUGGUUUGUGGCCUUGUUCUCCGAUGCUCCAGUGAGGACGCUCUUGGCCCAGCCCUCCCCGCUCUGGGGUCCCUGACAAAAGAAUGGCCACAAGAAGACCCGGAGUGCCGCCUGUGCAUGACUGUGACCACCCAGGCCUGGAACACCAGUGAGCAGGCUAUGCCACAGGCAAUGCACCAGGCCUGUCUCCGCUUCUGGCUGGACAGGCAAAAGUGCGAGCAGUUUGUGGAGCAGCACACGCCCCAGCUGCUGGCCCUCGUGCCCAAGAGAUCGAAUGCCCACACCACCUGCCAGGCCCUGGGAGUGUGUGCAGCCUCCGCCAGCCCUCUGCAGUGUUUCCAAAGCCCGCACCUCUGA